AUGCCUCACAAAACCAACAGCGAUGCAGACCUCCCCUACAUCGAGCCUCCAUCUCAAGAAGGCCUUAGAGCCAUCAAGUCACCACCUCCAUACACAGGAACACCCUCCAAGAUCUUUAUCUCCAACAUAAAGCUCUUCUUCAAAAACUUCUUCUACCUUCCUUACCUCUUCAUUCCUCUUUAUCCUUGGCAUUCAGGUGCACUGUGCGAGUUGUACCCUUCACGGGAGAACCUCACUGACAUUGCACUCCAUGUUAUCCUUUCCAUAACUCAACUGGGUUUUCUUGUCUCGCUUUUCGCGCUGACAUUCCUUCCGACUUUUACGUACAUCGGCUACAUUGCUGUGUACUUGACCCUGAAUGAACUCGUAUGCUGGCAUUUCAACAGAGGCAUCCCCCGAAGUGGCCUGAAGUCGACUGAAGAUGCCCUCUCUCAGAGUUGGCCUCAGCAUGAUGAUGAAGCUUGGAUCUUUCUCAACGGUAUCUGCGUCGGUAAGAACUGGUUCCAGAAGAACAUUGAUCGCAUCUCCUGGACCUUUCACAGACCAGUGAUUGGUGUUCACAACAGAACCGCCGGCGUCGUUUUCGAUCUCAUCCAAUGUCUGAUCCAACGCGCUCUUCUUUACGCAACCCAAGACGUCAGAGAAUGCUACGUCCUUGUAAAAAACGCCCUCCUAGACGAGCAGAAAAAGAAAGUCAUCUUCAUCCUCCACUCACAAGGAGGAAUCGAAGGCGGCAUGAUCAUAGACUGGCUUCUUGACGAAAUGCCUUUCGACAAGCUUCAAAAGCUCGAAGUCUACACUUUCGGAAAUAUCGCCAACCACUUCAGCAAUCCAUGCCGCGGCAACGACCCAAGCACUCCUGUCAUACCGCAUAUCGAGCACUACGUCAACGAGAAGGAUUUCGCGUGCCGAUUUGGUGUUCUCAACUUUACGAGACACUACACGCAAAACGAAAACCGGUUCGCGGGCAAGGUGUUUAUUAAUCGAAGCGGUGGGCAUCAACUGAACCAGCACUACCUGGAUGACAUGUUCCCCUUGGACAAGACCCUUCGUAUGGCUCGGGAUGCGAAACAGGAAGACUUUAUGGACAGGAAAGUUCGGGUGAGAAAGGACGGUACAAUCAAGGAGACUACACGGGCUGAACUCCCCUCGGGGUUCACAGUUACCUGGGAUUCUGGUGCGAGGAAUGGAUUCAUCGCGACGGAUGAGGUUCCAAAGAUGGAGGAUUUGAGCAGAUUGUGGAAGUACCGCAAUGGACAGCUUCCUGAAAGCUAUAAGAGUGCUUUGGUCGAUGAUAUUGAGUACUGA